CUGACCUACACACGCACACUCACCCCUGACACACUCAGCACACUUUUCCUCCACCUGAUUAACAGUCCUGCACACACAAUGACUCUCGGAAAGGGUAAAUAAAGACGGAAAGGGUUUAUUUUGACUCCUGAAGAGCUUUGCUGGGUAUCAGCGCAACUUUUGUUUUUAUAACUGAGAAAGGGAUCUCUCCGUGCGUUUCUCUCCCACCAGGAUUCUUUAAAAGAGGAAGAGAGGCCGAGAAAGGGGGAGGGGGACAGUGUUUCACUUUAAGAGCCGCUGGGCGCCUAGACACAAGGAGGGGACCGCGGCAACUAGAACCCCCGCAGCGGCGCGUCCGGACCGGUUUGGAGACGCUCUGAGAGCGCUGGGCCGUUUCUGCACGAAGUUGGCUCCAGCUCUAGCAGCCGCAUUGGAUCCCACAGCCUACUGCGAGACUCCGGUGUACAAUCCGGAUCUCUGCCCCAACAUGAUCGCGGCCCAGGCCAAGCUGGUGUACCAUCUGAACAAAUACUACAACGAAAAAUGCCAAGCCAGGAAAGCUGCCAUUGCUAAAACUAUCCGGGAAGUCUGCAAAGUCGUAUCCGACGUGCUGAAAGAAGUGGAAGUGCAGGAGCCCCGCUUUAUCAGCUCCCUCAACGAAAUGGACAACCGCUAUGAGGGCUUGGAGGUCAUCUCCCCCACCGAAUUUGAGGUGGUGCUUUACCUUAACCAAAUGGGGGUUUUUAACUUUGUGGAUGACGGCUCGCUGCCCGGCUGCGCGGUGCUGAAGUUGAGCGACGGGCGCAAAAGGAGCAUGUCCCUCUGGGUGGAAUUCAUUACCGCCUCCGGCUACCUCUCGGCGCGCAAAAUCCGGUCCAGGUUUCAGACGUUGGUGGCUCAAGCAGUGGACAAAUGUAGCUACAGGGAUGUGGUAAAGAUGGUGGCAGACACAAGCGAAGUGAAACUGCGAAUCCGAGAUCGGUACGUGGUGCAGAUCACCCCUGCAUUUAAAUGCACCGGGAUCUGGCCGAGGAGUGCUGCCCACUGGCCACUUCCCCACAUCCCCUGGCCCGGACCCAACCGGGUGGCGGAGGUCAAAGCCGAAGGGUUCAAUCUCUUGUCCAAGGAGUGCCACUCCCUGGCCGGCAAGCAGAGCUCGGCGGAGAGCGACGCCUGGGUGCUGCAAUUCGCGGAAGCUGAGAACAGACUGCAGAUGGGGGGCUGCAGAAAGAAAUGCCUGUCCAUCCUCAAAACCUUACGGGACCGCCACUUGGAACUGCCUGGCCAGCCCCUGAACAAUUACCACAUGAAGACUCUGGUUUCCUAUGAGUGUGAAAAGCAUCCCCGGGAGUCCGACUGGGACGAGUCUUGCCUGGGCGAUCGGCUCAACGGCAUUUUGCUGCAACUUAUCUCCUGUCUGCAGUGCCGGCGGUGCCCUCACUACUUCCUACCUAACCUAGACCUGUUUCAAGGCAAACCUCACUCGGCGCUAGAGAACGCUGCCAAACAAACGUGGCGACUGGCAAGAGAGAUCCUGACCAACCCAAAAAGUUUGGAAAAACUUUAGAGAACAGCCGAAACGUUACCAGUCUUCUCAAAAUCCUAAUUAAGUGUACACUUCCUGUUCGAUACCUAAUAUACCACUUGACAGUGCAAACAAUCUCUUCCUUAAAAAGGAAUAAUACAAUGCUUAGGCAUUCUCACCCACCCCUCCAAGGGGAGAAAAACAGUGGGGAAAGCAGAUAAAGGAAAACCCCAACCCACAAGUAUUAGAGACUUCUUUACAAAGGAUUUCAUAAUUCUCUUGGAAAGUACACAAUGACACCCUGAAAACAACCCAGCUGUAAUGCAAGACUACAGGGAACACUCUGACUAACUAUCAAAGGAUUAUAGCAAUCUUGGUGACUUAGGUGCAUCUGUCUGUGAGUAAACACGAUUUGGAUAUGCCAUCUGAAGGAAAGUGUAAUGUAUAUUUUUAUUUGUAACAAAUAUUGUGAUCUCACAUUGUCUUUGAAGUGUGGAUGUUUGUGUUUUGUGAUUUGGUGAACAGAAGUUAAAUUGCCAUUUUGGAUACUUCCAGACACUUUCCUCUAAAAAGAUACCAUUUAAAGGUAGAUUUCCUCCCAAUACUUUAUCUGUCUUUGAAAGUAUCUGAACUUUAAAAAGUUUACAUUUUGUUUCAAAUAUAUUGCUUGUUCUAUUUCUAACAUUCCAUAAAUAUACUUGAAAUGUUAUUUAAAUAUAGUCAAAGAAAUUUGAAUUCAGCGUAUAUAAUAACGCUUGAAUAUCUGAAUUAUAUAUUUGAAAAAUGCACUUGAAAUACACUGGAUAAUUACUUUUGGGAUUUAGAUUUUAAUUUCU